AUGGAAUCAUAACGUCACAUGACAUGAAGCAGGAAGAAAUGCUGUUAGCAAGGAAGGUGUAGAAGUCAACACCGUCUUAGUAUUCAGCACUUUAAUCCAAUUUUAAGAAAAUGAGUGCCAGUUUGGACAUAAGACUUAAGCGAGCCAAUAAAGUAUAUCAUGAGGGGGAAGUGCUCGCAGGUGUUGUGGUGAUUAUCAGUAAGGAGGCAGUCCAACAUCAGGGCAUUUCUCUCACAAUGGAGGGGAUUGUCAACCUCCAGCUCAGCUCUAAGAGUGUGGGCGUAUUUGAAGCAUUCUACAACUCUGUCAAGCCCAUCCAGCUAAUCACCAGCAACAUCGAGGUGGUGAAACCAGGGAAGGUUCCUGGGGGAAAGACCGAAAUCCCCUUUGAGUUUCCACUCAAUGUCAAGGGCAACAAAGUGCUGUAUGAAACCUACCACGGCGUCUUUGUCAACAUUCAGUACACCCUGCGGUGCGAUAUGAAACGUUCCUUGCUGGCCAAAGACCUGAGCAAGACCUGCGAGUUCAUGGUCCACUGUCAGCCUCAGAAGGGGAAGCUGCUACCCAGUCCAGUGGACUUCACCAUCACCCCAGAGACUAUGCAGAACGUCAAAGAGAGAGGCUCUCUUCCUAAAUUCAUGAUCCGGGGCCGUCUGAAUGCUACCAACUGUGUGAUCACACAGCCGCUGACAGGGGAACUGGUGGUGGAGAGCUCAGAGGUGCCCAUUAAGAGCAUCGAGCUGCAGCUGGUCCGGGUAGAAACCUGCGGAUGUGCCGAGGGCUACGCCAGAGACGCCACGGAGAUCCAGAACAUCCAGAUCGCAGAAGGGGACAUUUGUCACGGCCUGCCCAUCCCCAUCUACAUGGUGUUCCCCAGACUCUUCACCUGCCCCACACUCGAAACCACCAACUUCAAAGUUGAAUUUGAAGUGAACGUGGUGAUGGUUCUGCACGAUGACCACCUGAUCACUGAGAAUUUCCCCCUGAAGCUGUGCCGGGUGUGAGGCCGCUCGACCAUGACCACGCUUUCAGCAUACCAACGCUGGAUGCGAUGGAUAUCAAUUCAGACUUUUGAUCAAAGUGCCGCAGUAAAAAAAAAAAUUUUUACUGAAGCUUUGUUCCAGAUAAGUUUUUUUUUUUUUUUUUUACAUCACGUGACUCUCUGUAUAAAUUGAACACUUGUGAGUACUCUGUAUUGAACGGGAUUAAAGGCGACUCAAAAAAGGCUGACAAAUGUUCAAACACAUUUGACACUGCGUUUCUGAUGGUUAAGACAGAACUCCCCGUCCUGGAAACAGAGUGCCUCUGGAUGGAGUGUGAAAGUUUCCCCCUUGCUUAGCCGCAGGGGGCUGCUUUUAGACUGUGCAUCACGAGGAGGGAAUCGCAGGAGACAACGUGCAAAUGAGGGCCAGGAGCGUUGCCCAGUUUGUUUUGCUUUCCAGGGAUUUCUGCAACCCUGUGAAUAAAUCAGCCGAGCCCGAACAUG